CCAAUUCUCUGGAUCUGAGUUAACAAUUAUAGGAUAAGAAAGUGUCUUAGUUUCAAAACUCUCUUAUUUCUCAUUUUAACAUAUUCCUUCUUAUCUGCUGAAUCACCUCAUCUCAUGUUGCAUCACAGAGAUUUUCCAUACCUCCACAAACUUCCUUCAACCCCAAAAUGUCAUUUUCUUCUUCUCAAACUCAAACCCCACUCUUUCAACUUCUUCUCCGCCGCCGCCGCCACUACUUCAGAUUCAGAUAAAAAAUGUUUCACCAUAUCCUACCUCACUAACAAUUGUGGUUUGUCUCCACAAGAUGCUCUCAAAGUAUCCAAACGAUUUACUUUCGAAACCCCCGAAAAACCCAAUUCCGUCAUCACCUUCUUCAAAACCCAAGGCUUCUCCGAUGACCAGAUACAAUCCAUUAUUCGCAGGAAUCCUCAGCUCAUCGUUUCCAGCCCCAUCAAAACCAUUCUCUUAAAGUUUCAAUUUUUAGCCUCCAAAAGGGCUUCCCCUUCCGACAUAGUCGCCACCGUCACAAGAAGCUCUCGUUUCCUUCGUGCAAGUCUUCACCAACACAUUAUCCCUGCUUUUGAAUUGGUAACAACUUUCUGUCCCCUGAUCAAAAAGCUAUUACUUCAAUGGGAUGCCAAAAUUGAUGCAUUCAAGUGCUGGGGUUGCUCUGAAGAUGAAAUUUUCAAUGCAUUUAAAAGGAACCCUAAGAUUAUGCUACGGUCUUCAGAUAAACUCAACGCGGUCAUGAGUUUUUGGAUCAAACAGCUUGGUUGGGACCCUUCAGCGCUCAUGGCAGCACUGAAUCUUUUUGAAUUUAGUCUAGAGAAAAGGCUUAUUCCAAGAGCUUUAGUCGUCCAGUAUCUUUUAUCCAAAGGUUUGAUGAAGAAGAGUGCUAGCUUGCGUACACCGUUUGGUUUGUCUGAUGAGUUGUUCAUGAAAAAGUAUGUGGAUUGUUAUGAGGAUGAAGCAUCUAGGCUAUUAAGGCUAUAUCAGGGGGAGGAUACUAGCAUACAAUGCUCGGAUAAGUUGUGAAUUUACUUCAGUCUCUUUAAUUUACCUUGUAACAGAAUUCAUCUUUCUAUCAAAACAAUUAAGUUUUCCGUUGCAUAUUAUGGGUCCUAUCUAUCAGUAUGCUUAAACUUAAUUGAGGUCACAACAUUGUGAUUUGGUUUGAUUCAUGUAGCUGACUCUAUUUAGUAGAAAAAAGGUUUUAUUUUCUAUAUAGGUAUGUAUGAAUUAUUACAAAUUUAUAACAUUGAGAUGGACAAAUAUGUCGAAAUAGUGAAAUACCUUUAGGCCAUUGAUGCUAUAAUCUCUUGUGAGUUGUGUUAUUUGCAUAUCUGUGCAUACCAUUUUUCCAACUUGAA